AAAUGACCCCUCCGGGAUGACAUAACUAUUAAUUAAUUGGAGCUAAUUUGGCCCAAAGGUCAGGCGGUUGUGAAACGAGCCCCUCCAGCGGGGAAGACGGAUGUAGGACGCAGGGAGAAGGAGGCUCUCGUGCGCACAGACAGGGCGCAGAAACGUGACGAGGCAGCCACGGAGCUGUUAUGCAACCGCUGACCCACUAACACACAUCUGUGGCAGCGGAGACGCAGGAACUGGAGCAAAGUGUCCGCGAGCGCGCAGCAGCAGAUCCACGCGAGCAGCCAAACCGCAGAGACCCCGCAGCCGAGGCGGCAGGACAAGCGCAAAGUUUCCACCUUUUGGGAGGUUUCCUGUGCGGGAAGACGCGGGCAGAGACCGCUUUUGUGUCGGGGAAGCCUACGCCGUUCGCCCCCUCCUCCCGGUCCAGGAAAGUAACCCAGUUAUCAGUCGGCAAACAAGUUGGAUCGUCAAGAAGUCCUGAACCAGACGUGCUGACCUAGAUUCAGCGCAAGGCUCAGCAAGAUUCGGGGCAGUGGUCUGACAAGCAGAUCUGCAAAGACGCCAAUAGCAACAGGAGCUUUGGAGGACUUUCUGGAGAAGAUCAUUCUUUGUUCUCUUCCAAGUUUCUGAAAGACAACUUCAAUGUCUGAGGUUUUUGUGGAGUUCCACCUCUUUUUAAUCUUUCUGGCUAAUCUGGACACUUGAAGGUUUUGAUCUGAAGAGAAAAGUAAUGUAAAUCAAUGAGUCUUUUGCUUCAAGGUUCACAAACUACUCACCCAGAAUAUUUUGCCGACCCUGCAACAUAGAUCCAAAUCAGUUACCAAGCGGAGGAACUACACAGUUUCACAGUUUCCCUCCUCGUCGUUGUUAGGGUCAUCCUCUGGCCCCCCAGCUGGAAAGAUCAUGGAAAGUCUCAGUCUGCACAUCCCAGCCGCCAGCACCAACAAUUCCAUAAAAGCUGAUACUUUUAGCCCCUACAGCAGCGGCCUCUCAUCCCCGGUCCCUGAAGGUCGAGGCGGUCGACAGUCCAAAAGCAGCAAACCCACCAUGACCUCUCGCCGCAAGCGCGAGUUCAUUUCCGAUGAAAAGAAAGAUGCCUCCUACUGGGAAAAACGACGGAAGAACAACGAGGCUGCGAAGCGCUCAAGGGAAAAGCGACGCAUCAAUGACAUGGUGUUGGAGAACCGGGUCUUGGCGCUGAACGAGGAAAACGUUCGUCUGAAGACGGAGCUUCUUCAGCUCAAGCUGCGCUUUGGUCUGAUCAGUGCGGCCUCUUACAUGGAGAAAAGCCAGCAGAUCUCCAGCAGUGCAGCUGAAGGCAGCAACAGCAGCGCUAACGGUACUCCCAACGGUAGCGCCUACCUCUCCAGCAGCGGCUACUCCAGUGCGUCCCAGGUCAUGCUGAACUCGGACUCCUCAGAGACGGAGCAGUCCAGCCGCGGCGAGUGUCCUGCUGCGCUCCACAAGUACUCUCCUCUGGGCUCCAUGUCCGACAUGUCUGAUGGCUCCUCCAGGGACAGCCCUGAUCCCAUCAGCUACAACAUCAAGACGGAGCCCUCUGGCUUGGAGAUGGCUGGACUGGAAGACAGCGGCCAGAAUGGGAUCUACCAAAACGGUCUUGUCUCUAUCGGUCACCAGAUGGCUGAAACUGCAAAGAACUACCAGCAACACGAGCAGCCGUGCCGCAUGGACACUUCCAGUCCUGCUCCCCAGGCCUCGUCUGCACCGAGGAGCGUCAUCUUGUACCAGUCCAGCAGCGGCUGUUACCCCAUGGAGAGCCAGCGGUCAGAGGAGCAGCAGUCGCAGCAGAGCAGACCCCCUCAGCAUAGCCAGCAUGCCCCGUCUUCCUACUUCUCAGACUGUUCUUUGACCAUCACAGAGGUUGCAGAGAAGCUUAAAAGGACAAAGACUAUGGACUCGCCCCAGUACGACUACACCAACGGUCAUGCCGAGUCCCCAGAUGAGCUGCAACAAAGUUAUCACAGCAGCCAACAGCCACAGGAGAACCUCCAUCACUGCAGCUACCAGGGUCAGGAAAACGGCCUGCAGCCCCCCGAGAGCCAACAGAACCCCUUUGCCCCCAAUCUCAUCCACAGCGAGGAGGGCAAACCCUCCUACAUACAGCACAACGGCUACCUCAGCACGCUGGACGAAGAGCCACCGGUGCUCACCUAUGAGGGGGGGCCACAAGCUGAUGGUUUCUAUCAAGAAAACUUCUCCGCUAAAGACACCUCCUCCAGUGAUGGAGACCCCCGCAGCUCUGACAAGGAAGGCUCCACCGAUGACGAGUCACCGUCCUCGUCCUCCUCUGACAUCAGCAACUACCACCAGAAGAUGGAGGAAGCUGCCGGUUUGCACGGCCAGAGCCAGGCAGAGGUCAAAGCCACUGCCCUGCCCCACAAACUCCGCCUCAAGUACAGAGCCCUGUCCAAUGGAGCAUCUGGAGGUCAGCUGGAGGGCGGGGCCUGCGCCUCCAUGGCGCUGCCCCAACAUCCGUACCUGGCUCUGCCCAGCAACCCCCACAGCAGCCAGGCCAAUGAGGAGAGCAAGGAACUGGAGGAUGAGACCGACGAGGUGGAGCCUCAGGUGAACGGGAGGGCCGAGGCGAAAAGGGAGGCGGGGAAAAGGGGUUCGGGCAGUGGGAGGGGUGCUCGCAAUAAGAGGCGAGAUUAGGGACAAAAUGAAGCAGCCGGGCAGUGUCCAGACUGAAGGAGCUGCUGCUGCAGGUGUGUUCUGAUGUGGUCUAGUUAACAAUCAUCACUGUGUCACCACACCCCCUGCCUAUACCCCCCACCCCCAUGACCUCCUCUCUGUGGACGUUAUCACCAUCUUCAGUGGUUGGUUGUUGUUUGCCUUAGCGGCGGGUCAGUGUUUGUUGUGGCAUUGCAGGGGCAUUGCUUCGACCAAAGACACACUCAACCUCCCCAUUUUUAAACUGCUCCGCUGGUACACACGUUCUCGUUACUCCUGAAGCACUUAAAUUGUAUAUUACUGUAUCAUAUAAAUUUUCAUAAAGGAUUAUAUAUUUUAAGAAAAAAAAUGUGGCAAAAAGAAAAAAAAAUGCUCAAGGCAGUGGAGUGUGGAAGAUGUACAUUUCUGAGAGGGGAGUUUGUCUUUUUAAAAAACUGUGUACAGUCUCUGUCUGUGUGGGAAAAGCGCCUCAAUGAGACAAGAAUCACCACCCGCCAAAGACAGAUGGAUUUUGGGGGCUUGUCCGUGCUCAGUCAAGGCUUCUGUGUCAGCCUGUUGUUCAUCCACUUCAGUCUUUUCCAACGUAAAAACGUACAGCAAUGCUGCUCUCAUUUGAUGAGGUGCCUCUUUAAUGUGAUGUUACCCCACCCCCCCAACAACAGAGUCAGACCCCUCCCCCCACACCCCCAGCACUGAUUUGUUUCAGCUACUGUUGAUCGUAGUGUGUAGACUGUUUGCUGUCCCGGUGCCUGCUCCUGGCCACUGUGUAUAAAUGUAUAGUUGUUUCUCUUGUAUACUGCUUUCUUUAUUUUAUUGCCAUUAUUAUUAUUUUAUUAUUAUUUUCUAAAAUGUUCUGUUUGUUAUUUUUCUGGCUCCCACUCGUCUUGUUUUGUUCUCGGCUCUUCCUGGUUGUGCUGUGUAUUUACUCAUGUGCCACCCUGUACCAGUUACCAUUUGUAUUUCGUGUUGCCGUAUUCUCUUCCUGAAAACACAAAAAAGAAAAAGGUUUGUUCUGCAGUGAUCAUGUGUUGAUACAAGUCAAAUGCAAAGGCAGAAUUGUUGAAGAUUUGGUAAAAAAAAAAAAAAAAAUUAAAGUUUGUUAAAGUCA